GGCAGGAAAUUCUCUGGGCUCCACUAGUCCCCCUCAACAUGUUGGCGGGUCAAGUUUUGUUCCUUUUAGGAGCGGUUGCUCUGAGCGGUCUGAGCCCAGUAAAUGGAGCGGUCAGCCUAACUGUCGACGGCCUUAAAGCCACCAUCAAGAACGACUAUUUGGAGCUGAAUUUCAACAGUCAGGCCACCAUCUCGACUGUGAAUGUUCAGGGGACUAACUUGGCAGCAAGUGGAGUCAAAACCUUCUACUUGGACUGGAACAGUAAUGGCCAAGGCGUGUUCAGCCCAUCCAGCAUCCACAUAGUGGAGCAGACCAGCAGCAGGGUGCACUUCUAUUGGCUGCAGGAAAACAUCGACAAUGUGUUCUCAAUCCAGCUCCACUAUGUCAUGGAGGACGAUAUUAGUGGAAUUUACAGUUACGCCAAAUACAUCAACGACAAAAGCUACACGGUCUCCUUGGGAGAGACUCGAAUGGUCUACAGAUUCAAUGCCGCCAUCCUCACCCAAGGCACCAACCAGGUGCGCUCUGGUACUACCCCCACUACUGUAGACUUGAACCAAUGCACUACCGUCCAGGACUCCACCUGGGAAUAUCCCAACGGCACUUAUUACAGCAAGUACGACUACGCAGCGUACAUCAGGCAGAUUAACUACCAGGGGGUUUAUGGUAAUGGGUUUGGAGCCUUCGUGGUCUCACCCAGCAGGGAAUACCAUGGUGGUGGACCAUUGAAGCAAGACUUGACUGUCCAUCAGGAAUGUUUGGUGGCCAACUACUUCGUGAGUGGUCACUUUGGAACGCCCGAAGUCACUGCUGAGCCGGGCUGGACUCACAUCUAUGGGCCUUUCUUGCUCUACUUCCCUACUGGAAACGAUGGAAGCAUCGUUUCCGCUGUGGAAAAUCAAGUGGCGGCUGAACAAGCCAAAUGGCCUUACAGCUUUGUGAAUGACGACGAAUAUCCAUAUUACAGAGGUCAAGUGAGCGGAACUGUUUCCGGGCAGAAGAGCGCCACAGUGGUUCUGUGGGACUCAACUGGUGAAGAAUUCGACCAGCAGCAACUGGGGUAUCUGUACGCUGCCGAAACGGACUCCAAAGGCUACUAUGCGAUCAGCAAUGUGCGUCCUGGCAGCUACAGAAUCGCCGCCUAUCCAACAGCCGGCUUGGGAAGCGAUAGUCUGGAUGAAUCAACAGUUACAGUAACUGCAGGCGGCCGAGAGCACGUAGCUCUUACCUUGACGGAGCCCAGCAACAUCAUUUGGUCUUUGGGCGAAGCCAACCGACUUUCCAGCGAGUUUAAGUACUCGGACCAACCGCGCAACUACCAAUGGGAAUGGGUGCCGCCCACUGAGAACACUUUUGUUGUUGGCUCAAGCAACCCCAAAGAGGACUGGUACUACGCUCAAUCUCAGACUGGAUCGUGGUACAUCAAGUAUCAAGACGCGCCCGAUGGAAACUCCAGGACGUUGCGAGUCGCCAUAGCAGCAUCCAGCAAGUCCCAUCUGCAGGUCUUAGUGAAUGGACACCGAGUGGGAGACAACUACUACGAUAAUGACCAUGCAAUCUACAGAAGUGCCAUGCAAAGUGGCCAGUACACUUCAAAUGUUUUUACCGUCACCAAUGCUCAGGUAGUCGACGGGGAAAACACCAUUGAGUUCCAUAUCAGUAUUGGACAGAUUAUGUACGAUACGAUCAGCUUGCAAAGGGGUUGAUUGAUGGAAAUAAAUGUUUUUUGAUUGA